AUGCUGCGUUUCGCAAAAAGGGCAGCUAUUCCCGUUGGUAUAUUAAGUGCCGGUGUUGGUGCGUUCCUUCUCUACGACGACCGUCGCUCCAACCACCGCCAUAAUGUACCUCAUAUCUCUGUUCUUCCUGAACCGACCUCCGCUCCGCGGACGCGCGCGGAAAUUCUGAAAUCGCUCGCCUCAAAUGCCGAGUAUGACAUGCUUGUGAUUGGUGGUGGUGCUACCGGUACUGGUGUUGCUUUGGAUGCAGUCACCCGAGGCCUGAAGGUCGCGCUUGUCGAGCGUGAGGACUUUGCUGCUGCAACCUCCUCCCGCUCCACCAAAUUGGUGCACGGUGGUGUGCGUUACCUCGAAAAGGCCUUCUGGCAGGCCGACUAUGACCAGUAUCUCCUGGUCAAGGAGGCAUUGGCCGAGCGUCGUCGUUUCCUCGACAUGGCUCCCCAUUUGGCUUUCCCAUUGCCCAUUAUGAUUCCCAUUUACAAGUGGUGGCAGCUUCCCUACUACUAUGCUGGUGUCAAGGUUUACGAUAUGGUUGCCGGUAAGGCCAAUCUGGAAUCCAGUUAUAUUUUGUCUCGCAGCAGAGCUCUCCAGCUUUUCCCCAUGCUUAAUGAGAGCGAGCUCAAGGGUGCGAUUGUGUACUAUGAUGGUUCGCAUAACGAUGCCCGCACCAACUCUUCUCUUGCCGUUACUGCUAUCGAGAAAGGUGCGGACAUUUUGAACCACGUCGAGGUUGUUGGAAUCGUCAAGGAUGCAAACGACAAGAUCACCGGUGUCGAAGUCGUGGAUCGCGAGCCGUCCGCUACCUCCAAGGAAAAGUUUGUUGUCAAGGCCAAGUGUGUUGUAAAUGCUACUGGACCCUUCACCGAUGCCAUCCGCAAAAUGGAUAACGCCAAGGCCACUGAUAUGGCUAUUGCCUCUUCUGGUGUCCACAUUGUUCUGCCUGGUUGGUACUCUCCCAAAAACAUGGGUCUUUUGGACCCUGCUACUGCGGAUGGUCGCGUCGUUUUCUUCUUGCCCUGGCAGGGAUCCACCAUUGCUGGUACGACCGACCGCCCUACUGAGAUUUCCCGCAAUCCUACCCCAAGCGAAGAGGAUAUCCAGUUUGUUCUUGAUGAGGUUCGUCAUUAUAUUGAUGGCAAGCUUGAGGUUUCUCGUGACGAUGUCAAGGCUGCUUGGUCUGGUAUCCGUCCUUUGGUUAGAGACCCUUCCAAAAAGGAUACCCAGAAUGUUGUCCGCAACCACAUUGUCAACGUCUCGGACUCUGGUCUGGUGACCAUUGCCGGUGGCAAGUGGACCACUUUCCGUGAGAUGGCGGAGGAGACCGUCGAUACUUGUGUCAAGAAGUUCAAUCUCGAUGCUCGCCCUUGCCAGACCCGCCUCGGUAAUGUCCGGGUCAUUGGCGCUGAUGGUUGGAACCCCUUGACCUAUGUUGACCUUAUCCGCGAGUUCAAGAUCGAGCCUGAGGUUGCCCGUCACUUGAGUGACAACUAUGGCAUGCGUGCUUUUGAUGUUGCUCGUCUGUGCGCUCCCACUGCCAUUGACUCCUCCGGAACCGUUGUUCAGCGCGACGCUCGUUUGUCUCCUCUCUACCCUUUCCUGGAUGGUGAGGUUCUUUACGCUAUCAAGUACGAGUAUGCUACUACGGUUAUGGACGUUUUGGCCCGUCGUACUCGUCUUGCCUUCCUCGAUUCGCAGGCUGCCCGAGAGGCCCUGCCUAAUGUGAUUGCCAUUAUGGCCAACCACCUCGGCUGGUCCGUCGAGCGUCAGCAUCAGGAGUACAAAGACAGUUUGAACUAUCUCGUUGGCAUGGGUCUCACCGAGCCCAAGCCUAUUCAGGGUGUUUCUGUCGAGGAUAUUGCCCCUCAAGGAAUCCAGGUGGCGGCUACCGGAACUUCUCUGGCCACUCCGGAGUCCAGAGAGUAA